AUGGCCCCCAAUAAUCGUCCUUGGGUCAAGGCGAUCCUGGAAUUUCCAGGUCUCGACUUCUACAUUGAAGGCGAUGCCCCCCUCUUCAAUCGUCGCGUCAAUGCCGUCUACCUUAAGCUAUUCGGCAACAAUGAGUCUUUCCACGGAAGGGAGCACGUCACUCUUCGCCAGCACUACAUUGCCAACCGGGGCAAUGUCCUCUUCCGCGCCAUCAUCAACCUGUACGUCUCCGGCAAACAUGCGAACUUCAGCACAUUGUACGGCGCUGCCCUCACCCGCCUUGCUGAGGAGUCUGGCCCUUCCCGCGAGUGGGAGGACUCCAGUGAGCUCGGAAUUGAUUCGGUCAUUUUCGUCGUUGACCGAAUCAUUCGCGCCCGCAUCCAGAAUCUGAGAGACGACAAUACCGACAUCGACGAGCUCAACCCGGUCGUUGAAGUCUUUCUUGCCACUCUUGAUGAGUGGAUCGCAGUUCUCGACGAACGCAAGAUGAGAGCUUUCACUUCUUCCGAGUCCACUGCGCCUGGCGGCAGCCAAAUCUCUUUGCCGUACCGCCCUCAUCCCUACAACGCCGCUACUGCCUCCGCAUCUGAUGCGCCUACAGCCAAUCAGACCAAUCUGCCGUACCGUCCUCGUCCUUAUCCUGAGAUUGAGUUAGGCAAUCUAAAGGAGGCCAAGCCCAGAACCCAGGACGGCCGUGAUCAGACGAUCCAGGACUUGCAAUCCCAGAUCAAAACGGAGCAGGCUAAGUCCCAGGAGCUGGAGAACAGGAACAUCGCUCAUCGCGAAGAGCAGGAAACUCUUGAACUCGUCAACGAAGCACUUCGCGCUGAGCUCGAUGAGGCGAAGAAUGCUCGCCGCCGAAUCUGGUGA